UAAAGCCACAUUAAUUUGAUAAUUAGUUUAUAACUAAAUCAGCUUAAUUUGCUUUGCCGAUCAAUCAUUCAUCAACAACAUUUUAAGAUCAAAAGAUGGCCACGGUGACAGAGAUGAGAGUGCAUAUGUGUUGUCAUGGAUGUGAAUCCAAGAUCAAGAAAACAUUACAAAAAAUGAAAGGAAUAAAUGAAGUAGAAAUAGACAUGGGUUUACAAAAAGUGACAGUAAAUGGAAGUGUAGAGCAAAAGAAGAUAUUAAAAGCAGUAAGAAGAACAGGAAGAAGAGCAGAACUAUGGCAAUUUCCAUAUCAACCAGAAUUGAGGAGUUUUACACAUCAAUACCCAAAUCAAUGCCAAACAAAUGCUUCAUCAGCAUCAACAGUAUUAAAUGCUAAUUAUGCACAUCCACAACCAGCAGCUUCUUCUUACAACUACUUCAAGCAUGGAUAUGAUGGUCAUCAAUUUCAUGGCUACUAUAAUUCUAAUCAUUCUUCUUCUACUGUUGGUGGAAGAACUGGUGAUGUUUUUAGUGAUGAGAAUCCUCAUGCUUGUUCCAUUAUGUGA